CAAUUUCCAACGCGCGACCUCGCAUUCAAAACAAUGCGAUGGCCUUGGUCAGGCGACGACGAUGAGCAGAAGGAGAGCGGUCUCCCUUCAUGGGGCUCGGCAGCAGAAUCGACGGAUGCUGCAGGGUCGUGGAUGGAACCGCGGACCCUGAUUCCAUCUCUCGUGUUCACGGCAUCGAUGGUUGCUGCCGCCCGCUUCUACAAGAGCUACCUGCGAAGGAUACCAACAGUUAAUCACAUCAAACCAGACUACUUCCGCCGCAGAAGUCUGUUGGGCCAAGUCACGAGUGUAGGAGACGCAGAUAAUUUCAGGCUGUACCACACUCCAGGCGGGAGGAUGGCAGGAUGGGGCUGGCUACCUUGGAAGAGGGUGCCUACCAGAAAAGAGGACUUGGGCAAACAGACGCUUCACAUAAGAAUCGCUGGGGUCGACGCGCCUGAACUGGCACACUGGGGUCGGGAAGCGCAGCCGUUUGCAAAAGAAGCACAUGACUGGCUCACGGGCUUCAUCCAUCACCGCCGCGUACGCGCAUACAUCUACCGACGAGAUCAGUAUGAUCGCGUGGUAGCGCAGGUCCAUGUGCGGAAAUGGCUUUCCAAGAAAGACGUGGGAUUGGAGAUGCUGAAGGCGGGGCUGGCGACAGUAUACGAGGCAAAGUCGGGAGCCGAGUUUGGCGAUGUUGAAGAGGAGUACCGGGCUGCUGAGAAGAAGGCUCGGGAGAGCCAGGUGGGCAUGUGGGCCAAGCCGAGCAUGAGAAAGCGACUGAGCGGCGGGCCGGCAAAGACACUAGAGAGCCCGAGAGAGUACAAGGCUCGGCAUAGCGCAGCAGAGAAAAUGAAAAAGGCUGGAUAGG